AUCAUUCCAGCUGAGCUAAGGGAGCAAAGGUUUAACCUCUAGGGAGGAAAAUCUGCUCAGCUGCCACAGGCAGCCUGCCUUUUGUUUGGUCCCCCCCCCCCAACCCGGCUUUGCUGAGCGACAGCCUCUCCUCCUUCGCCUUGCUCUCGUGACUACCCUGUCACUCAGCAUCGCUGGGUGCUUGCGCUCCUUCUCGGUGUCUCUGCUUCUCUCUGCCUUUCCCUCCCACCCACACACCAGGCAGGAAGAGGGCCGCGUUCUGCAGGGCUGAAUUCUUGAGCAGCAGGAGCCAGCGCCGUUCCUGGCUUUAGCAGCGACCUGGAAAACACAACACUUCAGACGCAGCUGUGGAGGAAGAAGGAGACCGGCCGAAGGGGCAUCUUCCUCCGAGGGACCUACGGCAGCUGCGGGUCCUCCCGGAGGCAUCUCUGCCCGGACAACUCGGAAGGAAGGGCUGUUUUUCAACGGCGGAGAAACCAGGGAGAGGCCAUGGCCGGACUGCAGCAAGGGGACAAAGUUUUCCCCAAGGGACGGGUUCUUCUCCUCGGCUUGCUGGGCCUGGCCUGCAUGUGGUCACCGGCCGCCUGCCGAAGACCCCCCAGGCCUCCCCCUUGCCCACCGAGCUGCUCCUGCACCCGAGAUACGGCCUUCUGCGUGGACUCCAAGGCGAUUCCUAAGAAUCUGCCCCGAGAUGUCAUCUCCCUGACCCUGAUAAACGCAGGCUUCAGCGAAAUCAAAGAAGCUGCCUUCGCUCAUCUCCCCUUCCUGCAGUUUCUCUUGCUGAAUUCCAACAAGUUUUCCUUGAUCGGAGACAAUGCGUUCACAGGACUCUCCCACCUGCAGUACUUGUUCAUAGAGAACAAUGACAUCCAGGCUCUGUCGAAAAACACCUUCCGUGGGCUCAAGUCGCUGACGCACCUCUCCUUGGCUAACAACAAUCUACGGACGUUGCCCAGAGAUCUUUUGAAGCCCUUGGAAAUCCUGAGCGACUUGGACCUCCGGGGCAAUUCGCUGACCUGUGACUGCAACAUCAAGUGGCUGGUGGAGUGGAUGGAGAGCACCAACACGAGCGUCCCUGCCGUCUUCUGUGGAAGCCCCCCUCAGUACCAAGGCCAGAAGAUCCGGGAACUGCCGCUCAAGGAUUUUGACUGUGUCACCACAGACUUUGUGGUGCAUCAAGUCUUGCCUUUCCAGUCGGUGUCGGCCGAGCCCUUCCUCUACGCCAGCGACCUCUACGUGGCCUUGGCCCAGCCGAGUUCCAGCAGCUGCACCAUCCUGAAGUGGGACUACGUGGAGCGCAAGUUGAGGGACUUUGACCGGAUUCCCGCUCAUUCGGCUGUCUAUUGCAAACCGAUCGUGGCCGAGUCCCAGCUGUACAUCGUGGUGGCCCAGCUCUUCGGAGGCUCCUACAUUUACCGCUGGGACACCAACAUCCACAAGUUCAUCAAGAUCCAAGACAUCGACAGCCAGAAGAUCCGGAAGCCCAACGACAUCGAAGCCUUCCAGAUCGAGGGCGAGUGGUUCUUUGUCAUCGCUGACAGCUCCAAAGCCGGAUCCACCAGCCUCUACCGCUGGAACCAGAAUGGCUUCUAUUCCCACCAAGACCUCCAUUCUUGGCACCGGGACACCGACGUGGAGUACGUGGAGAUGGACGGCAAGCCACGGCUGAUCAUCUCCAGCAGCUCUCAGGCACCCAUCAUCUACCAGUGGAACCGGGUGCAGAAGCAGUUUGUCCACCUGGGGGACGUGGCGGAGGUGAUGGACGUCCAGAUGGUGAAGCACUUCCGGAUCAAGAGGGACAACUACCUGUGCCUCAGCCGCUACAUCGGCGACUCCAAGGUGGUCAAAUGGGAAGGCCAACGUUUCACGGAGGUGCAGACUUUGCCUUCCCGAGGGUCCAUGGUCAUGGAGCCUUUCCGGGUCUCCCAGCGCCAGUACAUGGCCCUGGGAAGUGACUUCUCUUUCACACACAUCUACCUGUGGGACGAAGAGAAGCAGAAGUUUGUGAAGUUCCAGGAACUCUCCGUCCAAGCUCCACGAGCUUUCCGCCCCAUCCCGUUAGAGGGCAUGAAUAUCUUGCUAGCGCCCAGCUUCAAGGGGAACACCUUGGUUUACAAGCAUAUUAUAGUAGACCUCAGCUUGUAGGUGGGUGGUCAGCUGCCCUGCCUUGUGCACACACACCCAUGCCUGUUUGUCCACUGGAGGUGCCUCCUACGUACGUCGAAUGGCACCUGCACAGUGUAAUCCCUUGGAGCACAGCUGCUUACUCACGCUCCACCCAAUCCCCUCCUCCUGGAUGUCCACCCCUACUUACUAAGAAAGGGUUGAUCUGGGCCCUUGAAUGAUGCACACGCUUCUACACAGUACAGAAAGGUCCUCACAGGCACUCACUCACCCUCCUCUGUUGACUUAGAUGUGUACGCAGCCACACACUCCUGGAUUUCAUGUCAUAUAGACAUCAUUCCUGGGAUGAAACACAUGAAUCUUGUGGCCAAAAAUUGAGCAGUGGAAGAACUGCAUGCACAAAUACGCAGGCACACCAAGAGUCAACACUUGGGAAAAGUUCUGGUUGUUACUAUUUCUGGACUUCCCGGAUCUACCGCUCAGCAUGGCUAGCCACUUUGGGGGAAAGUCGAGCCUUCCACCAAACACGCCAGCCUUCCUGUCAAGCCCAUGAACAUGAUGACUGGCGAAGUUCUGAAAGAUAGCUUUUGCAGACUCUGCUUCUGGAAGCGCUUGGAUACUUGCACAAAUGAUGUCUUUUGGGGCACCCGCUAUGUCGAAAUGUUGUGCGGCAUUUCAUCGUUCGCAAAAGUUUUCUUGAGGGCAUCCAAAGCGGACCAGCACAUCUCCUGUUCCAUAUUGACGUACACACGAGGAACUCUGACCAAAGAAUCUGCCACCUGGGUCUGAUUCAGGUGCUGGUCUUGUGUGGCCAGGUUCACGAGGGGCCACAUGAUCAGGUUGCACGGAUGCCUUCUUCAGCUUGAGUGCUGUGCGAACACUUCCAACAUUAAAAAGGAUACUGGCCUAGAUGUUUACUACCGCUUGUCGGCUCCCUUUGACAAGGCACUUUGUUGACACUGGAAGCAAGUCAUCCUUCUAUCUCUCCCAUCAUAUCUCUUUAGUUUUGUUCACAAAACCAGCCUUUGGGGGGCUGGAAGGAAGAGCUAUGUCCCAACACUGGGGCUGACCUUCCUCACUUCAGUAUGCCUUCGUUGACCCUUCUAAUUAAUGCCAUUUUCCCAGCAAGCCUUUUAAAAUGCAUAAUUUAAUUUGUGCUCAACAGUUUUGGCCUAUUUUUUUUAAAUUGUCAACGCACUCACUCAGUAGCACCUAACCAAUAAGACAUUUUAGCACCAAUUGAAACAUGGCAGACUCUUUAUUGCAUCUGCUGCCAGGUAAGCCCCAGUGUGAACUUAUUUCUGUGUCAAUGUGACUAAUAGUGUAGCCAGGCUGAAAUCCUAUAUAUACUUAACUACAAGGAAAUCAAUAACUUGUAAAGGUGCUGCUACUCAAUAAAGGAAAUAUUUCAUUCACAACA